ACAUACAAACAAAAACAAGCACAUCAACAAUUAUAAAAUACAAUUAAUUGAAAAUAUUAAUGCAAAAUAAAGUAUUAUUGUUUAAAGAAAAAAGUAAGUAAACUAUUAUUAUUACUUAGAGAUGUAUGAAGUCUCUAAAUGUUGAAUUACAAAAAAAAAACAAACAGAUACAAAAAGAAAUCUAAAAUUACUUAGAGGUGUAAAUAUCUCUAAAUGUCAGAACUAAAUGAUUUUUAUCAAAUUAUCCUUAGAGAUGUAAAGAGUCUCUAAGAGUCAAAAAUUCAGUAUAAUUAAAACAUUCAUCAGGAUAAAAGAAACAUACGAGAACCGAAUGAGGUGUCUCUCUAAGACUAAUUUGAUAAAAGUCAUUUAGUUCUGACAUUUAGAGAUAUUUACACCUCUGGAUAAUUUCAGUUUUUUUUUGUAUCCCUUUUUUUUAUUAUUAUUAUUUUAGUAAUUUUUUUGUAAUUGUAUUUUAUACUUAAUUGUUGAUGUGCUUGUUUUUGUUUGUAUGUAAAUUCCAUGUUGACGUGUAAAAGUGCCCUUGUGGCCUAUUUGCUGAAUAAAUGUUGAAGUUGAAGCAGACCAGUCUCCACAUGGCUUUAUUCCAGGUACGGCAUCCCUCGCGACGAAAGCGCAAAUUUCCGUCGCGCAGUAGAAACACUGUGCCCCGCCUACUGUCAGAACAAGUCCAUCUGGCUGGCCUCCGAGAUCACCAUGGUGCCACCCAACAUCCUCAGCGAGCAUGGAGUGAAGCUGUCAAGGCUGCUGCAGCGGCCCGGGGAAUAUGUCCUGGUGUUCCCCGAAGCCCAUUCCUGCUCAAUAACUACUGGGUUCGGGAUAUCGGAGAGUGUAUACUUUGCAUCAAACGCUUGGCUGACGGAUGUGUUUAAACUGUUUCAAGAGCUGCGCAACAGCUGCGAGCCGACCAUGUUCUCCCUGGAGCAGCUCCUCCUGAACGGCAGCGCCGACUCCUCGGCCCCUCACCAGGUGUGCUUCGUGCUGGCCACGCUGCUCAGCGCCGAGCUGGAGCACCGCCGCGCCCUCGACCACAAGGGGCUCAAGGUGCAAGAACGUCCCCCAUCGUCGGCGCCGCUCAACACGUCGUACUUCCGCGCGUGGAACACUCGCGACCAAGACGAGUGCGAGUACUGCCGCUCCACCCUGUUCCUGUCCAAGGUUAGACAUCACUAAACGUAGCUCGCAGUAUCAACCCCCGCCGCCGCCGGUCACGUAGUCCGCGCGUGGAACACUCGCGACCAAGUCGAGUGCGAGUACUGCCGCUCCACCCUGUUCCUGUCCAAGGUUAGACAUCACUAAACGUAGCUCUCAGUAUCACACCCCGCCACCGCCGGUCACGUAGUCCGCGCGUGGAACACUCGCGACCAAGACGAGUGCGAGUACUGCCGCUCCACCCUGUUCCUGUCCAAGGUUAGACAUCACUAAACGUAGCUCUCAGUAUCACACCCCGCCACCGCCGGUCACGUAGUCCGCGCGUGGAACACUCGCGACCAAGACGAGUGCGAGUUCUACCGCUACACGCAGUUCCUGUCCAAGGUUAGACAUCACUAAACGUAGCUCGCAGUAUCAACCCCCGCCGCCGCCGGUCACGUAGUCCGCGCGUGAAACACUCGCUACCAAGACGAGUGCGAGUACUGCCGCUCCACCCUGUUUCUGUCCAAGGUUAGACAUCACUAAACGUAGCUCGCAGUAUCAACCCCCGCCGCCGCCGGUCACGUAGUCCGCGCGUGGAACACUCGCGACCAAGACGAGUGCGAGUACUGCCGCUCCACCCUGUUCCUGUCCAAGGUUAGACAUCACUAAACGUAGCUCGCAGUAUCAACCCCCGCCGCCGCCGGUCACGUAGUCCGCGCGUGGAACACUCGCGACCAAGUCGAGUGCGAGUUCUACCGCUACACGCAGUUCCUGUCCAAGGUUAGACAUCACUAAACGUAGCUCGCAGUAUCAACCCCCGCCGCCGCCGGUCACGUAGUCCGCGCGUGGAACACUCGCUACCAAGACGAGUGCGAGUACUGCCGCUCCACCCUGUUUCUGUCCAAGGUUAGACAUCACUAAACGUAGCUCGCAGUAUCAACCCCCGCCGCCGCCGGUCAGGUAGUCCGCGCGUGGAACACUCGCUACCAAGACGAGUGCGAGUACUGCCGCUCCACCCUGUUUCUGUCCAAGGUUAGACAUCACUAAACGUAGCUCGCAGUAUCAACCCCCGCCGCCGCCGGUCACGUAGUCCGCGCGUGGAACACUCGCGACCAAGUCGAGUGCGAGUUCUACCGCUACACGCAGUUCCUGUCCAAGGUUAGACAUCACUAAACGUAGCUCGCAGUAUCAACCCCCGCCGCCGCCGGUCACGUAGUCCGCGCGUGGAACACUCGCUACCAAGACGAGUGCGAGUACUGCCGCUCCACCCUGUUUCUGUCCAAGGUUAGACAUCACUAAACGUAGCUCGCAGUAUCAACCCUCGCCGCCGCCGGUCACGUAGUCCGCGCGUGGAACACUCGCGACCAAGACGAGUGCGAGUACUGCCGCUCCACCCUGUUCCUGUCCAAGGUUAGACAUCACUAAACGUAGCUCGCAGUAUCAACCCCCGCCGCCGCCGGUCACGUAGUCCGCGCGUGGAACACUCGCGACCAAGACGAGUGCGAGUACUGCCGCUCCACCCUGUUCCUGUCCAAGGUUAGACAUCACUAAACGUAGCUCUCAGUAUCACACCCCGCCACCGCCGGUCACGUAGUCCGCGCGUGGAACACUCGCGACCAAGUCUAGUGCGAGUUCUACCGCUACACGCUGUUCCUGUCCAAGGUUAGACAUCACUAAACGUAGCUCGCAGUAUCAACCCCCGCCGCCGCCGGUCACGUAGUCCGCGCGUGGAACACUCGCUACCAAGACGAGUGCGAGUACUGCCGCUCCACCCUGUUUCUGUCCAAGGUUAGACAUCACUAAACGUAGCUCGCAGUAUCAACCCCCGCCGCCGCCGGUCACGUAGUCCGCGCGUGGAACACUCGCGACCAAGUCGAGUGCGAGUUCUACCGCUACACGCAGUUCCUGUCCAAGGUUAGACAUCACUAAACGUAGCUUGCAGUAUCAACCCCCGCCGCCGCCGGUCACGUAGUCCGCGCGUGGAACACUCGCUACCAAGACGAGUGCGAGUACUGCCGCUCCACCCUGUUUCUGUCCAAGGUGACCGGGCUCACGGGCCGCAAGUCCGCCGUGUGCCCCGAGCACGCGCUCCGCCUGCUGGAGACCAGGAAGCACAAGAACGUGGAUCUGCACACGCUCGAGUUCCUCUCGUCGUUCACCACGCCCGCGCUCGAGGAGAUGCUGGAGCGGCUCGACGCGCGCACCGCCGGCGACCAGAGCGCCCACGCGGACCCCGAGUAGAGACGAAACCAGUGCAUCCACUCAAAAUGCCUCAGGAGCACACUGCAGCCGUCGACAGGAACGGCCGGAGCCCCUUCACUGAUGUUUCCAGGCCGAAUAGGGCUUACGAUUCCGGGAUCCCGCGCAUUUAGUCCCACUUGUUGUGGGAUUCCGAUCCCGCGGGAUUCGGGAUGUAGUUUGUAUCGUCAGCCUCCCAUCUUACAAGCCGGGAGAUAACGUUGCCAUUUUUUUAAACUGCGCACCGCAUAAGGUACCUACGCCAAAGGGUACUUAAACUGGCCUACUUCCAAAAUGGUUUGCUAUUGUGAAAUCAGUCAAACAAGUUCGUUAAUAGAAAAAAGCGCGGAUUUCAAAUUGUCUAUGGGACGAUAACAUUUCGCGCAUACAUUUUUUAAAUAUGCCACUUUUUUCUACUGACUGAAAUUGCUUGACAGACCAUAAGUGUGAAUUUUGCGUCCGUAUUCGCUAGUGUCAUAGACAAAACUACAAGUUCACGUAAAAUAUAAGCAAAAUAAAAACGGGCCUUAUUUGGAGCAGGUACCUUAUUUUUGAUGAUUUUAACAAACGUGCGUUUUGAAUAUUUAGAAAAUAAUACUUUUUGUUUAAAUUAAAUUAAUUUAGUUUUCAUUUAUAAUGUUAUUUUUUAAAAUAGGGGUCCUCCAUUAAUAACAUCACACGAGGGGGAGGGAGGGGUACAAAAAUGUGACAUGGGGGGGGACAUACCUUAUUUUUGAUGAUUUUUGAUUUUAACAAACGUGCGUUUGAAGAAUAUUUAGAAAAUAAUACUUUUUGUUUAAAUUAAAUUAAUUUAGUUUUCAUUUAUAAUGUUAUUUUUUAAAAUAGGGGUCCUCCAUUAAUAACAUCACACGAGGGGGAGGGAGGGGUACAAAAAAUGUGACAUGUGACUUGGGGGGAGUGAACAGCUUUGUGACGUCACUUAACUUCACAUAUAAACAAAAAUUGUACAGCUAAAUAACUAGUUUUUGCAACGAUAUAUAGUUUUAUUGCGUGACAUUUUAUUCCUCAUCGGUUUCGUGUCAUAAAAUUUCUAAAUUGAUAUUAAUAAAAAUAUUUUUUUAUUAAAAUAAUACUUCAUUCUAAUUGCUUAUUUCAGUUAUUUCGUUAAAGAGAUUGACAAAUAUGUGACGACACACCAGGGGGGAGGGUUGCCUAAUGUGACCAGGUGUAACAAGGAGGCAAAAAUUCAUGCGAUGUAAUAAACUGAUGACCCCAGACGUGUAAGAAAAAAAAAACAAAAAUAAUGAUACAAAUUGUAUGGCAUCGUACUUGUGGGCCAGCUUCGUAUAUGGCGGGGUUUAACACUAACCCCCUUAUUCAUAAACGUGUACUAAAGUUACGAUGCCGCUGAUCAUCGUUUGCCCCUUUCCGACGUAUAGGUAUGAUGGAAAGGGACAAACGAUGAUCAGCGGCAUCGUAACUUUAGUACACGUUGAUGAAUAAGGGGGUUCAUGAAUAAAAGGAGUUCAUAAAAUGAACCGGGGGCUUUACGUCCAAAGCUUUAAAAGGGAUAGUAAUAGUGCAAUUUGCCGCCAGGGGCAGCACUAGCACAUACCGUAAACCAUAGAGUAACAUACACUACCAUCACAAAGUUUAAUACCAAACACGGAAUAUGCAUAUUUG